CCACUCUGCCCCAAGAUGGGUCGUGGGGCAGGGCGCGAGUACUCGCCUGCCGCCACCACUGCGGAGAAUGGGGGUGGCAAGAAGAAACAGAAAGAGAAGGAGCUGGAUGAGCUGAAGAAGGAGGUUGCCAUGGAUGACCACAAGCUGUCCUUGGAUGAACUGGGCCGAAAAUACCAAGUGGACCUGUCUAAGGGCCUCACCAACCAGCGAGCUCAAGAUAUUCUGGCUAGAGAUGGACCCAAUGCCCUCACUCCACCCCCCACAACUCCUGAGUGGGUCAAGUUCUGUCGUCAGCUUUUUGGGGGCUUCUCUAUCCUGCUGUGGAUUGGGGCACUCCUCUGCUUCUUAGCCUACGGCAUCCUGGCCGCCAUGGAGGAGGAACCAUCCAACGAUAAUUUAUAUCUAGGUAUCGUGCUAGCAGCUGUGGUCAUCGUCACUGGCUGCUUCUCCUACUACCAGGAAGCUAAGAGCUCCAAGAUCAUGGACUCCUUCAAGAACAUGGUGCCUCAGCAAGCUCUGGUCAUCCGAGAGGGAGAGAAGAUGCAGAUCAAUGCAGAGGAGGUAGUGGUGGGAGACCUGGUGGAAGUGAAGGGUGGAGACCGCGUCCCUGCUGACCUCCGCAUCAUCUCUUCCCACGGUUGCAAGGUGGAUAACUCAUCCCUAACAGGGGAGUCAGAGCCCCAGACCCGUUCCCCUGAGUUCACCCAUGAGAACCCCUUGGAGACCCGCAAUAUCUGUUUCUUCUCUACCAACUGCGUGGAAGGCACUGCCAGGGGCAUUGUGAUUGCCACAGGUGACCGGACAGUGAUGGGUCGCAUAGCCACUCUUGCCUCUGGCCUAGAGGUGGGACAGACACCCAUAGCUAUGGAGAUUGAACAUUUCAUCCAGCUGAUCACAGGGGUGGCUGUGUUCCUGGGGGUCUCCUUCUUCGUUCUGUCCCUUAUCCUGGGCUACAGCUGGCUGGAAGCAGUCAUCUUUCUCAUCGGCAUCAUCGUAGCCAAUGUUCCCGAAGGGCUUUUGGCCACCGUUACUGUGUGCCUGACGCUGACAGCCAAGCGCAUGGCUCGCAAGAACUGCCUGGUGAAGAACCUGGAGGCAGUGGAGACUCUGGGCUCCACAUCUACCAUCUGCUCAGACAAGACGGGCACCCUCACCCAGAACCGCAUGACAGUGGCUCACAUGUGGUUUGACAACCAGAUCCAUGAGGCUGACACCACUGAAGAUCAGUCUGGGGCCACUUUUGACAAACGGUCCCCCACGUGGACAGCACUGUCUCGGAUUGCUGGUCUCUGCAAUCGUGCUGUCUUCAAGGCUGGGCAGGAGAACAUCUCAGUGUCUAAGCGGGACACAGCUGGAGACGCCUCUGAGUCAGCUCUGCUCAAGUGCAUUGAGUUGUCCUGUGGCUCAGUGAGAAAGAUGAGGGACAGGAACCCUAAGGUGGCAGAAAUUCCCUUCAACUCCACCAACAAAUAUCAGCUUUCCAUCCACGAGAGGGAAGACAGCCCCCAGAGCCAUGUGCUAGUGAUGAAGGGCGCCCCAGAGCGCAUCCUGGACCGAUGCUCCACCAUCCUGGUACAGGGCAAGGAGAUCCCUCUUGACAAGGAGAUGCAAGAUGCCUUUCAAAACGCCUACAUGGAGCUGGGGGGACUCGGGGAGCGAGUCCUGGGCUUCUGUCAGCUGAACCUGCCUUCUGGAAAGUUUCCUCGGGGUUUCAAAUUUGACACGGAUGAGCUAAACUUUCCCACAGAGAAGCUCUGCUUUGUGGGGCUUAUGUCUAUGAUUGAUCCCCCCAGAGCAGCUGUUCCAGAUGCUGUGGGCAAGUGCCGGAGUGCGGGCAUCAAGGUGAUCAUGGUGACUGGGGAUCACCCUAUCACAGCCAAGGCCAUUGCCAAAGGUGUGGGCAUUAUAUCAGAGGGUAACGAGACCGUGGAGGACAUUGCAGCCAGGCUCAACAUUCCUGUGAGUCAAGUCAAUCCCAGAGAAGCCAAGGCAUGUGUAGUGCAUGGCUCAGACCUGAAGGACAUGACGUCAGAGCAGCUGGAUGAGAUCCUCAGGGACCACACGGAGAUUGUGUUUGCCCGGACCUCCCCUCAGCAGAAGCUCAUCAUUGUGGAGGGGUGUCAGAGGCAGGGAGCCAUAGUAGCAGUGACUGGUGACGGAGUGAAUGACUCCCCCGCGCUGAAGAAAGCUGACAUCGGCAUUGCCAUGGGCAUCUCCGGCUCUGAUGUCUCUAAGCAGGCGGCUGACAUGAUCCUUCUUGACGACAACUUUGCCUCCAUUGUGACAGGCGUGGAGGAGGGCCGCCUGAUCUUUGACAACUUGAAGAAGUCCAUCGCGUACACUCUGACCAGCAACAUUCCUGAGAUCACCCCCUUCCUGCUGUUCAUCAUUGCCAACAUCCCCCUUCCCCUGGGCACUGUGACCAUCCUCUGCAUCGACCUGGGCACAGACAUGGUUCCUGCGAUCUCGUUAGCAUACGAAGCGGCUGAGAGCGACAUCAUGAAGAGGCAACCACGGAACUCCCAGACAGACAAGCUAGUGAACGAGAGGCUAAUCAGCAUGGCUUACGGACAGAUUGGCAUGAUCCAGGCUCUGGGUGGCUUCUUCACCUACUUUGUGAUACUGGCAGAGAACGGUUUCCUUCCAUCACGGCUGCUAGGGAUCCGCCUUGACUGGGAUGAUCGGACUACCAAUGACCUGGAGGACAGCUAUGGACAAGAGUGGACCUACGAGCAGCGGAAGGUGGUGGAGUUCACAUGCCACACGGCCUUCUUUGCCAGCAUUGUGGUUGUGCAGUGGGCUGACCUCAUCAUCUGCAAGACCCGUCGCAACUCAGUGUUCCAGCAGGGGAUGAAGAACAAGAUCCUGAUUUUUGGGCUGCUAGAAGAGACGGCUUUGGCUGCCUUCCUGUCUUACUGCCCGGGUAUGGGGGUGGCUCUCCGAAUGUACCCACUCAAGGUCACGUGGUGGUUCUGUGCCUUUCCCUACAGUCUCCUCAUCUUCAUCUAUGAUGAAGUCCGAAAGCUCAUCCUGCGGCGGUACCCCGGGGGCUGGGUGGAGAAGGAGACAUACUACUGAGCUCGGUGACAGAGGAAGACCGAGGGAGAAGAGCAGAGCGCUCCGGAGGGGCUGCUGGGGGUUGUGGUGAAGGGAAGGGCUGGGGACACAGUAGGAGGUAACUACAUGAACUAAGAUGGCAGGCUUGGGUAAAUAAACUUGAGGAGACUGCUCCAGCUGCUCCAUAGGUCCCGCUGUGAACCCUAAGACAGUACAUGUUGGGGUUGCCUCUUCAGAUCCUUCCUAUCCCAGUCUCUCAGUCUGUAAACUAGAGGUCGCCCCAGCCCUCCCUGUGUCCCAGCCCUUCACCUCACCUGUAUUAUUCAGAUAGAUCAACACACAAAGGUCAAUCCUAUCUAACUCUGGAGGAAAGCCUCUCAGAUCACCAAGUGUGUGUGCCCCGGCUUCAUUCCUCUUCCCAUUCUGGCUUCCCUUCCUACCUGAGUCUUUCCUGCUCCUCCCCCUCACACCUUGAAAAACAAAAUUCUCUUUCUGUGAGUGCAAGAGCCUGGGACCAGGAAAGGAAGCCAGUUGGACAGAUUAGAUCUGUGUCCCAGCCAAGGCCAGUCAGGAACCAGCGGAGAGCUGGGCUUGUGAAGAGAGGUCAGGGUGGCUGAAGGGGAAAGCAAAGAAAGAAAGAGUGACUACAAGUUUGUCAUCUUCAGCCUCCAGGUAGGUGGGGAAGGCUCUGGCUCUGUGUCCUGCCUUUAGAGACUAGCACACCAGCAGGCCAAGUUCCAACCUCAUCAGAUUAGCAGUAAGGGCAAGUCCAGGGGCAGUGUGCCACCCAGUGCGCCACUGAUCCUUGGGUAGUGGUCCUUCCUGUCUGCAAGGCUCAGGUGUCACAGAAGGUCCAGCUAUCUCAACCACACACUCUUGGGAACACCCCUCUCUUUAGAACAGUAAGUUCUCUGGGGCCUUAUGCUGUUCUGAGAGCCCCAUUAGCUGCUGCUUCUACCCUUGCUCUCUCUUUCCUUUCUGCUUCCUGCUGAACCAACGUCAUUUCCAGUAUUGCCUAGUUAGUCCUGGAAAAGGAUCUCUUGGCUAUUGUCAGGAAUCAGUGUAGAAAAGUUCCCAGGACAUCCCUGCCUUUCAAAAACAUGCAGAAUCGGAGUAGCUCAUGACACUGUCAGAAACUUCAGACACUAGAGAAAUUCUUAAGAAACCUACGCAUCUUUGCCCUCUUGGAUGGCAUGGCCGCUGUACCUGGGCAAGUGCCCACUUUCUUUGAGACAGGAAGCUGGCUUCAGGUUCCCAUAGGAUAGUUUUCUUUCCUUAUUUCCUUCUCACCUAACAUUUUUGCUCUUCAGACAGCUGCCCAUUCCCUAAGCCUGGCCUAGAAAGCAGAGCCUAGAUGUGCCUAGAUGAAUGAACCAAGUAAGUGAGAAACAGCAAGGAAACUGGAAGCCUUGAGGUGGGAGUGUGAAGGUCAAGACAAGCAUUAGGCCGGGCCCAAGGGCCUCCCAAGGGCUGCUGUCUCAUCACGGUGGAGUUUUGCUUUACCAUAAUACCUUGAAAUUUGUCAGUCAUGUGUGACCUUCAGUUGGAAGUCUAAAUGAGACACCAUAUUUAUUUGGGCCUGAUUAAUUUGAGAUCAUUGAUUUUGAACAAAAGUUUACCUUUGCACAAUCAAUAAAGUCAUCUGUUCGGUAAAUUAAGAGCAUAAACAAUAUUGCUAGGAGCGGCAUAUCAGUCUCCAAAAAUGCUUUUGGAGCCCUUUAGAGUCUCCCUCUAGAAUCAGCAAGUGCAUAGGCUAAUUAUUAUCAGUCCUGAUAUAUUUUUUAAAGGAACAUCUACAAGAUCCUUACUGGCGACCUUCUGUGAGACAUUAGUUUGAGGUACUACACAAGUACUUGAAAAACAAUAAAGUUUCAUUUCUUUAUGAAAAAUUAAAAGAGAAGUUACUCCCAUGGUUGGUUUCUACAGUUCAUAUUGGCCUUCCUCUCAAACUGUGGUGCUGGGUGUGUGCAUGGAAGGACUUGGCUUGUCAAGAAAACAGAAAGAAGGGGCAAAUGUCCAGAGUAGCAGGGAAAUAAUCCUGCCACAGACCGUGCUCUGAAGGGGAAGAAGUUAGGUUUAUAUUCCCUUGUCCCCAUAGCCAGUCCCGCCAGGGAGCCAUAAGAGUUUGUCCAGGACAGUGAAGAGUGGCUAUGGGCCCAGGAAAGGCAAGGACAUUUCAAUUUUUUCUGUUUCAGACCAAAUCAGUCCACUCUCAAUCUUAGGGGUAUGGAAUGGGGCCACUACAGCCAAGUCAGUGCUGACCAAUAGUGUAUACUGUACACAGAGCCAUCCUUAGGAAAUGGAGUAAAAUGCAUACAGCCUUGAAAUCUA